AUGGGGCUGCUCAGCUAUGUACAUACAUCUUGGAAUCAGUGUAAAGAAGUCUUCCUUGGUACUGAAGAAGGUAAUGUGAAUGUGAAAGAAACAGAAACACAUGACAAUGUUCAGAUUCAUGAAAAAUAUUGCAGUGGAGGGAAACCCUAUGUAUGCAAGCAAUGCGGGAAAGGUUUUACCACACAUGGAAUUUGUAAGAAACAUGAAAGAAUUCACAGAGGAAAGAGACCCUACAUAUGUGAUCAGUGUGGGAAAGCUUUUACAGCACGUACAUAUUGUCAAGUACAUGAAAGACUUCACUCUGGAGAAAAACGUUAUGAAUGUAAGCACUGUGAGAAAGCUUUCAGCACAUGUACUUAUUGUGUAAUCCAUGAAAAAAUUCACACUGGGCAGAAAUCGCAUAUAUGUAAGAAAUGUGGGAAAGCUUUUAGCAGGAAAAUUCAUUUUCAAAUACAUGAAAAUGUUCACACUGGAGAGAAACCCUAUGUGUGUAAGCAAUGUGGAAAAGGUUUCACCCAAGUUGGACAUUUUAAGGAACAUGAAAGAAUUCACACUGGAGAGAAACCAUAUGUAUGUAAGCAAUGUGGGAAAGCUUUUACCACACAUGGAUAUUGUAAGAAACAUGAAAGAAUUCACACUGGAGAGAAACCAUAUGUAUGUAAGCAAUGUGGGAAAGCUUUUAAAACACAGGGAGAUUGUAAGAAACAUGAAAGAAUUCACACUGGAGAGAAACCGUAUGUAUGUAAGCAAUGUGGGAAAGCUUUUACCAGUCAUACAAAUUGUAAGGAACAUGAAAGAAUUCACACAGGAGAGACCCCAUAUGUGUGUAAGCAAUGUGGGAGAGCUUUUAAAACACGUGCAUAUUUUAAUGUUCAUGAAAGAAUUCACACUGGAGAGAAACCAUAUGUGUGUAAGCAAUGUGGGAAAGCUUUUAAAACACGUGCAUAUUUUAAGGUUCAUGAAAGAAUUCACACUGGAGAGAAACCAUAUGGAUGUAAGCAGUGUGGGAAAGCUUUUAGCACAUGGGGAGAUUGUAAGAAACAUGAAAGUAUUCACACUGGAGAGAAACCCUAUGUAUGUAAGCAAUGUGGGAAAGCUUUUAGCACAUGGGGAGAUUGUAAGAAACAUGAAAGAAUUCACACUGGAGACAAACCCUAUGUAUGUAAGCAAUAUGGGAAUGGUUUUACCAACUCUGGACAUUGUAAGCAACAUGAAAGAAUUCACACUGGAGAGAAACCAUAUGUAUGUAAGCAAUGUGGGAAAGUUUUUACCCAACAUGGACAUUGUAAGCAACAUGAAAGUUCACACUCAAGAUAAAACCAGUGUAUAUAAGAAUCAUGAGAAUGGUUUGAGCACACGUA